UGCUGAUCCACAGCGAAUACUGCGCCGUGUAUUUGAUUCAACUCCCUCCUUCUUUCCGAAUGCGGGGAGCUACCCCGGGUGGGGAAUCUUGCCACUGAGCCGGGCAAGCCGAUCUAUUGGAUUUUCUCCCAAGAAGGUUCCGGGCCCCUCUUAUGUUAUGUUAUUUAUGGACUUCCCUAGGAUGCGUACCCGAUACAUGGUCACGACUCCGUCUCCAGCAAUAAUUUCUGUUUUUAUGGCUACAAACACAGGCAAAUGUCUCCCACAGAGUCCGCCGGUGACCGCAAACGACGUCGAAUCGCCGUCGCUUGCAAUGAGUGUCGCGAGCGAAAGAGAAAGUGUGACGGGGUGAAGCCCGUCUGUGGCGCGUGCGUCAAAAGGCCUUCUCCACGGUGCGUCUGGGAUGCAGGACGAAACGCGAAAGGAUGGAACCACAGUUACGUCGAGUCCCUAAGAGGCCGAAUCCAAGAAUUAGAAGAAGGACAAGCAAUGGCCAAUGCCUUACGGGUUGGCCAUCCAUCAGCUCGGCAGGCUGGCCAGGGCGAGGCUGCUGCCCCACCCGGACUCUCGCCUCGGCAACUCCUUGCAGAUGAGACAGAUGGGCUUGGACUCCGGACACCUCAGCAAUCUAUGACAUCACCGGAGAUGGUUGGAAUACCAGAGGCGGCCAUGCCGGCUUCAGCCAGCGAUGAGCUUUCUUCCUACUCGACCGCUGGAGGACUCGCGGACGCCGUGCAGUCAGGGAUGCUGGACAGGGGUUCUCUCGUAGAGGACGAUGACUCUGACGAUGACUCUGCCAUUGAUGCCAUGGGUGUCUUUGGGUCCUUUGACGAUCGAGGGCGCCAGGGAUCCAGCUUUUUCGGCUCCACAAGCACCGUCAGAUUUCUCAGCCAUGCUCGUCGGGCCAUGAGUCAGAAUGAGAGCGGCCCAGACGCAUGUCCAUCGAGGAGUGGGCUACCUGGAAUUUUACAGCAGGAAGGAAUUGGGGGAGGAGGGCGCUCGCUGUCCUCAGUACGCAUCAAGUCCAAUUCUAGUAUCAGGCGCGGGGAAUACCAAUUUAGCAUCCCACCACGACAUAAGGCCGACACCCUACUCGAUAGGUACUGGACCUAUGUUCAUUCCCUGUAUCCAUAUCUACACCGCCCAUCGUUCACCCAGAAAUAUCUGACUCUGUGGUCGGCGGCACCAGACCGUCUUGCCUCCAAAGCCUCGAAGUCUCCGCCAAGCCAAAGUUACUACUGGAAUAUAGAUGAGAGGUUGUUCCAUUGCCUACUCAAUUUGGCUUUUGCCUUGGGAUCUCAGUUCGGCCCAACCAUGGAGGACGGUGAUCGAAGUCAGCUGGGGUUGACAUUCUUUGAGCGCGCUAAAGCGUUGAUGGACUUUGAUCUCCUCGUCCAGGGCAACAUCUUCCUCGUGCAGAUGCUAAUACUCAUGGGCCAGUAUCUUCAGAGCACUGAGAUGGCCAACGCAUGCUGGACCAUGGUCGGCUUGGCGAUUCGCACUUCGCAAGGUAUAGGUCUUCAUCACGAACCCGAAUAUUGUGAGCAGGGGUGUUGUUCAAAGACGAAGCUAAGCCAGCUGGAGAUCGAGAUGCGCCGACGAGCCUGGACCGGCUGCAUCCUCUUGGACCGGGUCUGCUCCAUGACAUUUGGGCGGCCAUUGAUGAUCCAUCCCGCCAUAUCCCAACGCUGCGUUCCCCCGUCUGCCAUCGAUGAUAGCCUUCUAUCCCAGGCUCCUGGUAUGACAGCAUCCCAGCCGGCAGAUAUUCCCAGCGUGACUGAAUUUUACGUUCAAUGCAUCCAGCUGCAAAAUAUCCUCGGUGAGAUUCUUGAGGCUCUAUACUAUGAAAGCAGCGAUAAAGGAAGUGGAAAGCUCGACGUCAGUUUCAAUUUCAUAGCGGCAUCCACAGCCCACGACAAACUCAACGAUGGUGGAUUACAGGUGUUGCUCAGGCUCGACAAGUCCCUUACUUCCUGGUGCCAAAGGUUGCCCGCUCAUCUAAAAGCUCAGAACUAUAAUUUCACGGCCUUGGAGGGCCGUCGUCUGUUCGGGCCGGGCACUCCCACAUUCAAUCGACAGGCAGUCAUUCUUCAUGCAAGGUUUGUGUGGAUCUUUAAUCAGCUUCUGCUAGAUAAUGCGUUACUCAUAUUACUCAAUUGGUAGGUAUCUUCACGUACGAUUGUUUAUGUUCCGUCUGGUCUUGUCAGCGGCGCUUUUCCAUUCAAGUGGCCAGGACACCCCAUCGAAGACAGAUCCCUCGAUGGAGUCAGCGAUGCGACAAGACGUCCUGGAUAAAGGUGUCAAUCUGUGCGUGUCAUCGGCCAACGACCUCGUCGAACUAAUUACGUCCAAUCUACACAUCCACGAUGAUAUCCUUCCUCCAUUCUGGCACAAUGUUUUCUACAUGCAUAGCUGUGCAAUUGUCUUUCUUAUCUGUC